AUGAAUUAAUCAGCUUUCGAAAAGUCACAUGUGCUUUCGAGUAUUAGUGACACUGAGAAGCUGCAAUUCUACAAUAGCACACGAUUAUGGCAUACGAGAUUUAAUUACCAGCUAUUCGAUACUGAAGAACUCAAGAGUGUGCACUUUGAGGAUAAUAAAAAGUUUAUCACUAUAAUCAAAUCCAUUUAAAAUUUCAAUAAAGAAAUCUAAGCAUCUUUGAAAUAAGGUAGAAUAAUUCCAACAAUGCCUACUCGUUAUAAUUUUUACUAAAAUAUUGUAAAUUUAUUAAGAGAAGCAGCAAUCGCAAAAGGAAGGGAUUCUUAGUUGAUAUUUCUGGAAAAGGUGUAUGGUUUUUUUGUGUAGAACAACAGGGAAGUCAUAAAGACACAAGAGAAGGAUGUAGGUAACAUAGCUUCGAGUGAUGAUGCUAGAUUUAUAAAUUAGGAUUAGUCAAUGCCUUUGCCUAGUAAAUUAAUUGAUGAUCAACUUAGGGAUUAUAGGGAGAAGAACAGAACCAUGCAUACGAAUUGUGAUCCACCACAAUUGAGGUACUUGAAGUUAUUAGUCAUUAGAUUAAAGUAAUAUAAAAGAAGACAAUUUAAUCAAUUAAACAACAUUGUGCCUCAAAUUCAAUUAAAGAGCACCUUUCCUAAAGUGAUCUCGUAAAACCAAAAAGAAUAGGAUGAGAAUCUGCAAUAGAGUUAGGAUUAAACAGAGGGUGAGAUUGUUAUAGAUGGAGACUUAUUGGGGAAUGAAGAGCAGACUGAAGAUAAGAAGAAAAUACUUAUAAAUAUGGUACCCAAGAUCAAAGUAUUUUAAAAAGAUGAUGUUAAUUUAGAAUUUAAAGAUUUAAAUAAAUAGUUUGAGAAUAAGUAAAACUAUUAGUUAUAUUAACCAUCGAAUCAGGAAAUCGAAUUGAAUCUAUAAAAUAGAUGGAUCUAAUUUAGAUAGAAGGAAGCAGCAGAGAAAAAAAUGGAUGAAGAGAUUGUUAAUUCUAUGAAUGUUUGGUCUAAGAACAAAGCCAGAAUAGAAAAGGAGAUUGAUCGCAGAAUAGAUUCACAAUAUUAUGGUAGUAGAUAUGCAGAAGUCGAUAAAAGAAGAGCAUUAUCUCUUGGAUUGUAAAAUUAGUAAGACUCUAAAGUAAUCAAUCUAAAGCCAUUACCUAUUAUUGUAUAAUCACAAAAUAGAUAAUAUGACUCGGCUGUUGAUACUUCAUUUUUGGAGAAUAAAGCAUCUGCUUAAAGAGUGGUAAAUGCUAAGAGAGCAUACAAAGAUCUAUUGAAUCUAAGUGCCACAGAUACUUAACUUGAUGAAUAACCAUCAUCAUUGUCCAUUUAUGCAACAAAACUUAGAUCUAAUUCACUCCAUAGCAAAUUCUCUCAAUUAUUAUAGAGAAAUAGUCCAAAAAUAGUGAAUGAUUAAAAUUUAUAGGAAGUUUUGGAUAUCAAAAAUAGAUUUGCAAAACACAAAAUUCCCAUUUAAAUCGACUCUCUAUUGGCUGGGAUUAUGGUACCUACUUAUCAAGAGGACUUCAACACUAAACUAAUGGAUGUUGGACAAUCCAUGUUAGUUAAUCCUUUCGAGGAGAAGAAGGGCAAAAAGAAGAAGAAGAAAAAAGAAUGA